AUGCAAAUCUCUAAGUUCCGGGGGGGGGGGGGGAUGUUGAGCUAUAAGAGAAAGAGGUCCCGCUCCUUUUCUCUAAAAAAAACUCUUCCUCUCUACAUUCAUGAUGCAGCUGUUUGGAGCUCUGGUUCUGUUUACGACUCUUUCCACAGCAUGUGGUCUGAGAUGCUACAACUGCACAGGCCUCAUGUCUACAAACUGCAAAGACACCGAAUCUUGUGCCGUCGGCUUGGACCGCUGUGGCUCUCUCAAAGUAGAAGGAUACGGGGUUUACAAGGGCUGUCUACCCAAUGUGGCAUGUGUAGCUCCCAUAGCUUGCUGUGAGGGGGACUUGUGUAACAGCGCCGCACUGACUGGUCCCAGUGUCAUUCUCCUGCUGGUGUCUUCCGCCAUCAUCACUCUGUUUUUCUGAAGCUCCAGCUGAGAAUAUGUUGUGGUUUCUAUGCUGCUCUUUUUCUCACUCAGUUUAAAACUACUUUGAUUUAAAAAAUCUGUGACAAACACAAUAUUCCUCAGGAUGAAACCUUUAUUUCUUUUUCUUUAUUUUUUACAACCAGCAACAGCUUUGUUAGGAUCCCUGAUUAAAACAACAAAAAAAAUGACAAAACACGACAUUAAAUAUGAACAAGCAGGAUAAAAUAAUAAACAUGUUGAUUUGAUGAACCUGAUGAUGAACAAACAAGCAGACAUAGUGUAACUGGGUUAUUGUUGUACCUAUAAUCAAUAAAUAUGGCUACAAGAAAAUACA